AGCAGCCAAAUUUUCGCUUUCUUCAAGGAAGUAGAGUUGAUAAUUAUUAAAGAAUUAAUUUAUUAGCCAUGAGUUUUGCCGAAUAUAAAGAGCGGAUAUCUGAAGGGGAUACUGUUAUUCUAUUCCUUGGUCAUAACUCAAUGCAAACUUUAACAGUUACACCAGGAAAGGUUCAUCAAACAAAAUAUGGUGCUCUUCCACACUCAGACAUGAUUGGAAAGAAGUUUGGAACAAAGAUGUUUUCACUGAACAAAAAGGGUUGGGUCUAUCUUCUUCAUCCAACACCUGAGCUAUGGACAGUAAACCUUCCACACAGAACACAGAUUCUCUAUUCUACAGACAUCAGUAUGGUCAUUCUCCAGUUGGCGCUUAAACCUGGCUCUGUUGUUGUUGAGUCUGGAACUGGAAGUGGUUCAAUGUCUCAUUGUUUAAUAAGGACAAUUGCUCCAUCUGGUCAUCUUCACACAUUUGAAUUCCAUUCAGAAAGAGCUGAAACGGCCAGGAAAGAAUUUGAGGAACACAAGAUUAGUCAUCUGGUAACUGUAAGAUGUCGUGAUGUUUGCAAGGAAGGAUUUGAGCUUCAUCAAGUUGUAGAUGCAGUCUUUCUUGAUUUACCUGCUCCAUGGGAUGCAGUAAAACACUCGAAAGAAGCCAUCAAAACAGAAGGUGGAAGGAUUUGCUCUUUUUCUCCUUGCAUUGAACAAGUACAAAGAACCUGUGAAUCAUUAAGAGCGUGUGGAUUUAGAGACAUUAAGGUGAUGGAGUGCCUUUCCAGAACGUUCGAAGUGAGAACUGUCCCAUUGCAAGUUCCUUUCUUGGGUCCAGAAAAUCCUCAUCCGCCAGGACAAACGUCCAGGGAUUUCUCAUCACGGAAGAGAAAACUUCAAGAAGAAAGUGUAUCCUGUGACGUGCCCUCUUCAACAUUGCAAGAUGGCCACGUAAAUAUGAAAUCAGUGGAAUCUUUACCGGUUGAAAACACUCCCAGUGAUUCGAAGAGCCCCACAGAUAACGCUGAACACAAAAGCGAAAUAUCGAAUAGGAUAGUCACGGAAAAAUAUGCGCUAAGCCCUAGUAAACACAUCACGGACACAGACCCUGAUUCCGGACUAGUGCGGAACGUUAGAGCAGUGAUGUCACAGAAAACUAACAAAGCGAACAUUCUGACGGGAAGGCCGCUGAAGGAGAUGACAGGACAUACGGGAUACUUGACAUUUGCUACGCUUUAUGCUCAUGUCACGAGUAAUAAUGGAAGAGCCGACGAAGGAAAGUAAUAAACUAGUCAAUACACAUGGCUGUGUUUGUAUUUCCUUUGUUUCUUUAACUCCAUAAUACGAUGAUAACUUCCAGCUCAAGCUUGUAUUAUUUUCUCUAUAUAUAACAAAUAUCCUUCCCAUGCAAAAUAAACUGUGUUUACAAUUUGA